GCUUUUCUAAAAAACCUUUCUAACGUAAAAGUAGAGAUUGAUGUAAAAUCAGUGUUUAAUGUAAUCAAAAAUAUUUUUUUUUUAUAAAAAACCGUGUAUCUAAGUAACUAUUGGAACUAAAUAUUUUUCGGGAAGUAACACAAAAUGAAGGACCUGGACGGUACCUUGGAUACCCUAGAAAAUGCCCGUUUCAAUUAUUUGUACGUAAAGGCCAUUGCUCGGUUGGGAAAGGACUCAAUCUUCACGGACAGCGAGUUGGUCAGCAUUGUGAUGCUCUACCAUAAGUUUGUCCUGGCUAAUGGAUCGAGGGCCAAAUAUAUGACUAUAUUGCAACUCACCAUGCUGAUGGAGCUCUUGUUCGAGAUUGUGGAUCGCGACAAUAUUGCGACUAUUGUGUAUAGAAUUGCCCAUACUCCGGGCACUAGAAAUUCGGAUUUCUUUCCGGACAAACAUGUGCAUUUGGAUGCCUUUGUGCGGUUAUUUACCAUCUACUUUACCAGAGAUCUGCAGAUGAAGAUGGAGUUUGCCUUCUCGAUCUACGAUAAAACCGAUUCCAAGCAGUUGAAUGGCGAGGAGGUGGGCUCUUUUGUUAGCAAAUUUUUUGAGAACGAGGACGAAGACGAAGCCAUUGAGCUUCGAUUGGACAUGAAAGAAAUGCUCUUCCAGAAGUUCGAUCUGGACAAGGAUACUAAUAUUCAGGAGGAGGAGUAUUACGAGGUGGUACGCCGACAACCAAUGUUGCUGGAGUGUUUUGGCCGCGUCUUUCCCCCGAAUCCUCGCAUGGAGGUCCUUGCCCUUUGCGCCAAUGUCAUGUCCUGGUUCGAUGACUCUCCCAAUCCAAGGAUUAUCACAAAAUCAGAUGGAAAGGGAGUUGUAUAAGAGGAAUCCCAAGUGAUAGAAUUUAUUUAAAUUAAAAUGUGUUAAAAAAAGACUGUCGAUUCGGGAACAAGAAAUAAACCCGAAGCAACAACAU